CAAUACCCGUCUCAUAAACAAGCAUUCAACCCUCCCGGUGCUUUCCUGCUCUAGUCUCAUGUAAGGCAAUAGCCAAUACACUUGUUCUUAGCUGCUUGUUGCCGGACAGCAAGACAACAGCACAUCUGUUCUUCGCUCUCGGCUCGCAGACUUCCACGCGAUGGGCCGCCCCUCGUUCAUACCCAAAAGCAGUUCAUCCCUAACGAGCCUCCUCUCCAAUAACGAAAAUUCCCUCCUACCGCGCCCAGUGUACCAGAAGCCGAAGAUUCGGACGCUGCUGGGCCAUUGCUUAUAUCGGAGGGUCAUCCUAUGGACUGCCGCGGGCCUAGCCCUUCUCUUCCUCACCCUCAGCUCCGGCAAGCGCGAGCUCCGCAGGGAACGGCUGCUAGAUUUGGUACACUCCAAGCCGUAUGCGAAGGACACCAGUUACGUCCAUGGAGCCAAGGGCAUCAAGAACGACCCGGGGGUCGUCGUGGUAGUAGCGGGCUCGGAGAAUUCGGAGGAAGGGAGUCCCUCAAACUGGCGCGAAGGCAUGCCGCACUGGUUAAAAUACAAACACCUCGAUGGCUUCUUUGUCGGCCUCAAGGCCCUCGUGCCCGCCCGCGAAUACAAACCCGAGUACCCCGGACUGCCGGGUGAGAAGUCCCCAUACCCGCUCACGAUAUCCUAUACGGGCUUGCCAACACCCACCCCGUAUGUGCCUCAGCCGGACUAUGAAUCGCCCGAGUACAAGGCCCAGUACCACCCAGUCAAACCGUGCUAUCUCGACAAAGACAACAAGAUUCCCGUUCCCGAUCUCUACGCGUACAACGGCGUCGUCCAGGGCCAACCGGAGCCCGUCAUUGGCUCCCAUGGCCUCCUUGGGCUGAGGGACGAUGUUUGCUUCGACAGAUUUGGGAGAUACGGCCCCUAUGGUUUGGGGUACAGCUUCGAGGAAGGAGGUGUGGAAGUCGGUAUGGACACAGAGCGGGCGGGGUCUGAUGCAGUGUGGGCAAAGACGGGCAAGAUAAAUUACGACAACAUUGAUUGGGGAGAGGCGCAGGAUUGGUGCUACGAAUCCAACAAGGAGCGGUUCGUAGAGUCCGGUGCCCAAACUCAGCCCUCCCCGACCAGAUCGACGACGACGAACGCCGAGCGGUCCUCUAGCAGCAGCGGCGGGACCCAAAAGAAGAAGAUCCCGCGGACUGCCGUCGUGGUCCGGGCAUACACCGGUUUUCAGUGGACGCAUCACGCGGUCCUCAACUUCCGCGCCAUGAUUUCGGAGCUCGCCCUGCGGUCCGGAGGUGAAUACACCGUCCACUUCCUCCUUCACGUUCGCGAUGACAACGAGGCCAUCUGGGCAGAUCCGGCGACGGCCCAACGAGUCCUCGACGACAACGUACCAGCCGAGUUCCACAGCAUCUGCACGCUCUGGUCGGAGGAACAGAUGCGCCUCGUCUAUCCCGGGCAGUUCGGCCGCAGCUUCUCCAACCCCAGCGGCGGCGACAUACACGGCGUCUACCGCAGCGCGCACAUGCCGCUCCAGUACUUCGCCAUGAACCAUCCGGAGUACGACCACUUCUGGAACUGGGAGCUCGACAUGCGCUGGCUCGGCAACUACUACGAGCUCUUUGACCGCCUGGGCACAUGGGCCAAGCAGCAAUCUCGCGUCGGCGCCUGGGAACGGUCCGCCAAGUACUACAUCCCGCGCUACCACGGCGACUGGGCCAACUUCACCGCCCUCGUGCACAACGAGACGCUCGCCAGCGGACGCUCGCCCAUCUUCGGCCCCGUCUCCUUCGCCGGCCGCGCGCGUCUGCGCGCCGAGGAGGCCGGCCAGAGCUUCAUCCCGCCGUCGUGCGCGACCCGCACCGAUCCGGCCUGCGGCGUGGGCGAGGACGCCGACCUCAUCACGCUCAACCCGAUCUUCGACGCCGAGGACUCGGGCUGGGUGUUCGCGUCGGACGUGACGGGCUACAACACGGCGCUGCCGCCGCCGCCGCGGCGGUGCGCCAUCGUGACGGCCUCGCGCCUCAGCCGCCGCCUGCUGGCCGCCAUGCACGAGGAGACGUGGCGGCUGCGCCACACCAUGUUCAGCGAGAUGUUCCCGGCCACCGUGGCGCUGCACCGGGGGCUCAAGGCCGUCUACGCCCCUCACCCGGUCUCGCUCGACCGCCGCUGGGACCUCGCCGCCGUCGACCGCGCCUUCAACGGCGGCCGCGACGGGUCCAGCGGCGGGCGCGGGAGCCCCUUCGACCUGCGCAACGAGCACAACCACAAGGGCACCACCUGGUACUACCACAGCGAGUUCGCGGGCCUGCUGUGGCGCCGCUGGCUCGGCUACGCGCAGUACGACGGCCGCGGGCCCGACGGCGGCCGCUCCGGCGACGGCACCCUCCGCGGGGGCAAGGUCGAGGAGGAGAGGGCGAGCGGGACGGGGAGGAUGUGCCUCAGGAGCAUGCUGCUGCACCCGAUCAAGUGGGAGCAUCCGAGUGAGCUAGAGGGUUGGCAACCCUGAACCUUGUUUUUUUCUUUUUUUUAAAAAAAAUAUGUUUUCUUUUCGAAUCUCUUGGUCCCUGCUAAGUUUUUCCCUCAUUUUUUGCUCUCUUCUCUGGUUUCGCCCCCUGGUUCCCAGCAUUUCACUAGUGGGCUGAUGGCGUUGGGAUUGGUUUGUGAUAUUGAUCCGCUUGUAUCUAUGUAUGUACAACAUGGCAGCUCUUUGGUAUUGGGGGGCUUCCGCCGGGG